GGAUAAUGUAACCGCGCAGUCUCCAGUCAUCAGUAGGCGGCAGGGUUGCUCCUUCGAGGGAGGAAAGAGGAAGCAGGCAUUGUUCCGGGAAAAUAAAUUGAUUAGUUUCGUAAACCUCCGGUUUAUUAGUGAAGGAUAGAGCUGGCAUCCUUUGUAAGACCAUUUCUGACAUAAAAAUGCCCACCUUAAACUUCAUUUAAUAAUCCCCAAGCGGAGACGCCUGAAUUCAGCGUUUUGACUCUUUCCAUGUUGGACCUCACCUCAGGACUGGCCGUCCAGUUUCCUAGUUGUAACCCGUUGUUUGCGAAGAACGUUUUUCUCAUGAAUACGAAUUUAAACACUCUUGGGCGGUUCUUAGGCGUCUUAUAAGCGUAGUUGCAGGCACUUUUUAAAAUGGGUCGGUGUUUAUAUUUUACCACACUUGUACUUUCAGUUUCAUAUCAGUUGAUACCGUUGUGUCACUCUUUCGAAUGGGACGAGCAGUCUAGUCCACUCCAAAAUGCGCGGUCCAUUUUCACAAGCUUGUCCGAGGAAGCCCACAGUUGCCUGGUCUCAACAAUCGGUGAAAAGAGAGUAGACCUGUCUCUCAAGUUUCUACAAAGUGGUGUAAAAUGGCUGUCAGAUGCCAUAGCAUCCGCCCUUAACAUGGUCAUCCGGUAUGUUAUGGAAAUCUUGGAAUCAGCAGGAAUUGACGUCAAGCUACCUUUCCAAGAAGUUACUCCGGAGGGAGUGAUUUUUGUCACUCAGUGGGCCCUUCUGGUUGUUGUGGCCUACUGGAUAAUAGCCUUCAUCCUGCGUUUGGUUGUUGGAGCUGUAAGGCAGGCUCUGUGGCUGCUAAAGGUCACCUUUGCCAUGGGCAUGUUUGGAUUGAUUCUCAGCGACGCUGGAGCCUCUGCAGAAACCACAGCUAUAAGACUAGCGGGCCUGGUGUGUGUUUGUGUCCUGUUAGGAAUAGGUACAUCUGCAAAGCCAGAUACACACCUUGAGGACAAAAUCAAGAUGUUGGAGAGACGACUAAGAGAGAUGGAGAAAAGCAAAAUUGAAUGAUGGGGAAAUCCUCAUCAGACCAGAAAUAUUUAGUUUUCUUUUCUCUUUGCUACAGUUGUAAAUCCAUGGAAUCCAGCAUGCUAUUGUGACUUGAAACUCUGCAAAGAAACCACGUUGUUUGUCUAAACUGGGAGGGUGCUUCAAUAUUCCAAGUGUUAGUUAAAAGAUUAUUAAUUAUUAAGUCAAAUGUAUCUUAGGGUCCCAUACCACAACUGGUAGAUCUGGCAUCUGAGGGGUUUAAUUGUUAACAAAAGGACUGAAUCAAAUGUCCAAACACCAUUUCUGGGGUCUUGAGGUACAGAGAACAGCAAAAUGUAUUUACACUGCAUUUAAAUAAUCAUGUUUUUGUUGCUUAUUACAUUCUUCAGGGAUGUGAUGCACAGGGCAACAGUACAAAAUGUAUUUAAUCAGUUAAUUAUAAUAAAUUAUUUCAACAAAGGCCCUGUCCGAUAAAUGUUCUCCUUGGCAACAGUCCACUGCAUUUUUUCUGUGACUGUAUUUUGGAGUGAAAAAACCUGACAUUAAUCCCUGAUGUCAGAAAAACAACAUUUGUUUUGGCAAAACAACUGAAAAAUUUGCCUCUGCAUUUAGUCUGAACCAGAUGUAAAUCCUCUUUUCAAGUUCUAGAAUCUCCACCUUUUUAUUUAUUUAUUUUUUUUAUUUUAUUUAUUUAUUUGUUACACCCAAUUCUUAUAUAUCCCCUUCAACUGGGUGAAUCCAGUGGAAUCUUUUGUGUUAUGGAGAAAUUACUGAAACCUCACUGGUUGCAAUGUCUGUUUUGAUCAAAUCCUGGAGAUGCUUAAUGCGCAGACCUUAAAAACAACAUAAAUACUUUUUAUUAUAAUCAUGUUUAUUGUCAUUCUUAUUAUAGUUCAAAGUGUGACAACAAAUUACAUUUAGUUUUCCAAUAAUGCAACAUAUAACAAGGGAAAUUACUUUGCCAGUUGGCACUAGAUGUCAGACAAAAUAAAAAAAUAUAUACUUAGAACAUGUAAUGAUAAUAUAAAA